AUGGUGGAUAUCUAUUCACUCAUUCUGCAGUCGAAAUCGAAAGAUGUAAGUUGUGAACAACGUAUUAUUCGCUCGGGAGUUGCCAUUAUAAUUAUUGUAGUUAAUUAUCAAAGUUCUGUUCCCUUAUUAAGGUUUCUUGUUUGACAUGGAUAAAUCCACUCCCAAAGGUCCAAAUUACAGAAAAUGGUACGCGGGAGAAAGCUAUUUGCAUCAAGACGGUCAUGAUAGGAGAAAUGCAAAACGUUUCUUGGACGGUAAGGAGCUGCUCUCUUUAAAUCAGAUGCGGUACUUAUUCGGCAAGGCUGCGCUCAACCGAGGGCGGCGCUUAAACGAGUAAAUACAGUAAAAAUCUGUGCUCAACAGUUAGUGAAAUGAAAGAAUGCAGACUCCCAUAUCAAGUCAGACAAAGAGUUGUCCUUAGUACUUCAGCUCCAUACAUGUAAUAAAUUCAAAAUGGCGGAUUUACUAUAUAGAUUCAUGCACGUAUAUUUUGUAGGAAGUAAAACAAGAAAUACAGACUUCCACAGUAAAUGGAUGGGAACAGAGAAGUAUUUGUUUCGCAAAAGACAACAACGCAACACUCGCUGACGUGCGCUCUAAAAGGAAUUCCACGUUGAUAACAACCGGACAAGGGUUCAAAAUCCCACAGAAGUCAUGGAUAAAUUAUGGUAAGUAUUUGUUUUAACAUAAGAAGCGAUAUUUUUUCCGUUUGAGUAUGGUUAUAAACUGAGUAAAACCAUUCAGUAAAUACCCAUGGCCAUCAGGCCAUGUAGAAUUCCCUAAUUGUUGCCGAUAUUUCAACUCGACUAUACAGAAUUGAUACUAAAUUAAAAUUACGCAUUGCGGUUUUUACUAAAAGAUAAACUAAGGUACAUUGGGGAUUUAAAAUCUAGUUACUGGUAAUAACGAUCAGCUGCAGCCAGACUUGGACUUUACCGAUGCGCUGAAAAACAAAGAAGAAGAACAUAGAGAAAUGCUGAGAGAUGACGUGGAAAGAAAUUUGGAGAAAGAUGAGGCAGACACAGUCCGUUCCAUAGAACAAGAGAUUGUGGAAAAAGUGUCAGGUACGACAUUCUCUCUCUUGUAUCUAUAUAAUAGAUACAAUUUCAGGAUGGGCACAAAUGCCUUUAUUCCGGCCCAUUCAAUAAAUAAAUCGCCAUCGUAAAUGCUAUAUAUAGAAGCAUGUAGAUAUAGUAUUAAACGGAGUAUAGUCCUUUGUGUAAAUUGUAAUAAAAAACUAGUCAUGGAUAAAUAACAUAACUUAUUUCUCCCUUUUUCUCAUUUACAGAUUAUUGUGAUAGGAUCAGGCAAGGAUUAUGCAAUGCAAACGAUUACGUACCUUCAUCGCCGUCAAAUGCGCAAGACUAUUCACAAGUAAAUACGUGAACAUUAUAUAUAUAAACAUUAUAUAUAUAUAUAUAAACAUUAUAUAUAUAUAUAUAUAUAUAUAUAAUAUAUAUGUAAUUAUAUAAGUAUAAUCUAGCUCAAUUACCUAUCUUUUAAUGUCACUUUGUAGUUUUUGUCACCUGAAUCAAAGAAAUUGUACAACAAAUUCACCCCGAAAUGGUUGAAGGCGUUUGACAUGGUAUGGAAAACUUACAAAGUUUAUCAUUUUAAUUCUUUGGCAACGAUAUAUAGGUACUCUCUCUGACGAGCUAAAUCGUCUGGCUAUAUAGACAGAUUAUAAUUCUCUAACGUUAUACAAACCAUUCCGUCAUCAUAGUUAAAUAAACAUUUAGUGUUGUUUGCAACUGUGCAUGGUGUAUUAAUGACACAAUUGAAAACUUUGUUCGUUAUAAACCGUCUUUUAAAAUUUUGUUUCUGAGUUAUAGUUCCGCACUGCAACAUUGCAUGAAUGUCUUAACAUUGAAUGGUUUAACUAUAUUUUUCUCUUCAGUUCGAUUUUACCUGCUGCAGUUUCUUCUUCUAAUGUAUUUGUAUCCACACCCAUGUACUUCAUAUAAACAUUCGGUAAUCCAGAUCAUUACGUUUUUGCAACAUAGGCUGUAACAGCAGUAGAACGAGCAAGAUUACAAAAUGAAGAGCAAACAGCAAAUGAUAUGAUAGAUACUGCGUCAGGCUCAGGUACGUUGUUAUAUAGAUAUUGUGAUCACAACAUGCACACAUGUACUGACUGCAAUGAAGAGCAUUCAGUAAUUUAGGCUUCGUUUAACAGCCGUCUUCCAUGGCCACGUUAUACCUACCAAGUGGGUAUCCAUAUCCAAGAUCCGGCUGGAAUUCGAGCCAAACAGAAUUUCAGACAAUGUAAUUGUAGAAUUUUCAAUGUUUUCUGGACAACUUGCACACAUACAAGUAGAAAAUAAUUGAGCCACACAGGAACAGUCCCAGCAACCAUGGUUUUCACGAUCGUAGGCGGAACUCACUGGAAAUAGUGUAUCGUAUUUAUAAAACCUGGAUUGCAGCGCGUUGUUCGAUUCCCUUAUAUCAAGUAGUUCUGCACAAUCUGUCAAUCAAUCAUCCAGUCAUUUAGUAAGGACAAAUCGCACAUUGCGCAACUUAUAGUGUAACAUUGAAAAAUAUAGGAAUAACGUUGGUAUUUGGAUGCAUUACUUUAUUUUAUUUUCUGAUUCGACCACCUUUUAUCAAACACGUAUUAAUCAAACUCCCAUUCCCAGAAAUAGUGAAGUAAACCCGAAAAGGAAACUGCAAUUCGCGCAAGGAGCAUUUGGAGUUAUGAACGAAAGCACUGAAAGUGAAGGUAUAAUUCAUGAUACGAUUUUAUCCGAUGAAAAAUCGGUGAAUAUAGAAUAUAACAUGCAAAUAACAGCUUCCUCAUCCGCAGGAAACAAAAGAAUCCAGCCGCGAGAGGACUGUCCUUGUGGAGACGACGAAGAAAUCGUUGGAGAAAACUGGGUACAAUGCGACGAUUGCGGACAGUGGUAUCAUCUGUAAGUAUAUUUUUAACUCCCUAUAUGUUUAUUCUGUGUUAACAAAUUGUACAUAAAAAACGUAUAUAGAUACAGAUACCAUAUAGCAGUUAGCUAAAUACAUAUCGUGGGUGUAUUUCUACAAGUAAUCUUUAUUUAUAUUUCAGGAAAUGUAUGAAUUUAGAGAAAAUUCCGCCGAAAAAACAGAAGUGGUUCUGCAGUGAAAAAUGUACAGAACAAAUAAAGAAAAAGAGAUCCAAACAGUGGAAAUAA